ACAAAAAUCGUGUGAUCGAAAAGGAAAGGAGAGAGAGAAAGAGAGAGAGAGAGAGAGAGAGAGAGAAACAGUGAUCGUAGAUCCUGAGACGACCAUGAACAGAAGGGAGGAUCUUCCGACGGUGGUGGGUCAGGUGAAUGGAAGUUGGAGCCGCAAGAGAGCUUCGGGAUGCUGCACGCUGUUAUGCUAGGUAGCGGUCCGGGUCGAGGGAGACACGAAUGGUAUCCGGGAUUUUAUCUGCAACGUCGACGACUUGGAUGCAGGAUGAAUCGUGGAGAGCAGGAGACAUUAUUCAGGCAGAGCAGGCAGCUCACGAGGAUCGUGCCGUCUCACGAGGACCUGGUGCUGAGCGUGCUUAAGUCGCCGAUCAGCCAGCACCAGCAACAGCAACGCCAGCAGUAUCAUUCCACGCACCAUUCUCACGAGCACCAUGUCAACUGCCAAGGUCAUCAAAAUCAUAAGAAGUGCACGCAUUCAGGUGAGAGCAACGAGAGUCUUCCACGAAGCAAGGACCAAUGCUCGAGGCUGACCGAGAAGCGUUCGAGCGCCGCCGCCGCUUACGCGGCCCUCCAGGCAAGCGAGGAUGAGCUGAUCGCGGAGCACUGCCUCGAGUCCGAAGACGCGGCGCUGAAAACGCCUGGAAGCGAGACGGAGGACACGGAGGACAACGGGGCGCAGAUGGACGAGGCCGCCUCCUCGCCUGGCCGCCGUUUCACCUUCCUCAGGCGGUUUCGAUCGCCCAGAUUCGGCGAGGCGCAUCACAAAAGGGUGCCCACACCGAUGAAAAGGAAGUACAGACGGAAGAAGAGCAAGGACGACAUCAUAAACAACGAUAUGAACGCGGCGGAGGUUGAGCCGCCGAGUUUGAACCAAACAGGUGUCCCAGACCCUUAUUACCCGAUCUAUCUGCCGAUCGACCAGGCAUUCAAGGCCAAGUACGUGUUCCACCACAAGAAGGGGAAGACGUUUCAGGAGAGGCUGUACGUGUUCCUGGAACACCCAGGCGGAUGGAUCUGCUUCAUAUAUCAUUUCACCGUGUUCAUGGUGGUAUUGGUGUGCCUCAUAUUUAGCGUUUUGUCGACCAUAGAGCAAUACAGUAACUUCGCGAACGAGACCCUCUUUUGGAUGGAAAUAUGUCUGGUGGUAUUCUUCGGUGUGGAGUACUUGGUGAGAUUAUGGAGCGCGGGUUGCAGAUCGAAGUACAUGGGCUGUUGCGGCAGGCUCCGCUUCAUACGGAAACCGAUUUGUAUCAUAGAUUUAAUCGUGGUUGUCGCGUCGAUGGUGGUGCUGUCUGUAGGAAGCAACGGUCAAGUGUUUGCCACUUCUGCAAUAAGAGGCAUAAGAUUUUUGCAAAUAUUGCGAAUGCUUCAUGUCGAUCGACAAGGUGGCACGUGGCGACUUCUUGGCUCUGUUGUUUUCAUUCAUCGUCAGGAGCUGAUUACGACAUUAUACAUCGGAUUCCUUGGUCUCAUUUUCAGCAGUUACUUUGUAUAUCUUGCCGAAAAAGACGUAAUCGGUCCUGAUGGAAAAACAGAUUUUUCCAGCUAUGCCGAUGCACUUUGGUGGGGCGUGAUUACUGUAACCACAAUCGGAUACGGUGACACCGUCCCACAAACGUGGAUGGGAAAAAUAGUCGCCUCGUGUUUCAGCGUAUUCGCCAUAUCCUUUUUCGCACUUCCAGCCGGAAUAUUGGGCUCCGGUUUCGCGUUGAAGGUGCAGCAAAAGCAACGGCAGAAACACUUCAAUAGGCAGAUACCGGCCGCGGCAAUGUUGAUACAAUGCCUGUGGAGGUGUUACGCCGCCGACAAAGCCAUCAACAGCGUGGCCACGUGGAACAUUUACAUCAAGGAUCCAGCACCGACCGGACAACCCUCAACACCGUUGGGAAAGUUGAUUUGUGUAAAGAAGAUGUCUCUGAUGAUCCAGGUGGCAAAGAAGGCGAGCGUGCUGAAGAGGCGUAAAUCGAGGAAUCGGAUGGACGUGCAACAACAGCAGCAACAGUCGUUGCCGCCGGUCACGAUAUCUGGUGGCGUGUCGAGCGGUGGCGCCACCGGCGACCAGAACGACAAUCAAAGGAUGGAGAACGAGGGAGACGUUAUCUUCUACAUGGAGGAACCGAAAGCGGGCACGCCUAAUCGUGCUAGACGCGAUAAUCGCGUAUUUCCGGUUGGCAGGGGAAGCCUCUUCACCUCGCAGACGAGCUCCGUCACGGAGGCUACCAGCGACGAAAUCGACAUUGAUAUCGAGGAACCGCAAAGGGUUACCACGCUGACGGAGGCGCAUCGAAACGCCAUAAGGGCGAUCAGGAAGAUCAAGUAUUUCGUGGCCAGAAGGAAGUUCCAGCAGGCGCGGAAACCGUACGAUGUGCGUGAUGUGAUCGAGCAGUACAGCCAAGGCCACUUGAACAUGAUGGUUCGAAUCAAGGAGUUGCAGAGGAGAUUGGACCAGACCCUGGGCAAACCGGGCAGCUACCUAGCAGGAAUCGACCGAGCAGGGAACGUGAAGCCAAUGACUAUAGGCGCACGCUUAUACAGGGUCGAGCAGCAGUUGUCCGUGAUGGACAAGAAAUUGGACCAGCUGGUCUACGUGCUGAACGCGGUGGCACAAAAGCAACAAAUACCCCUGAGGAGUAUAGAGGACGACGUGUAACAGAAAGCCCCCGGCGAGCUCGUGCCAUCUAUUUCGCGAUCACCGGCAAUUCCAUGGACUUUGCCUCGUGUUACCAUAACCAACGUCGCGGCGAAUAUGUUAAGCAAAAGCGGUUGAAUCCGCGAUCGGCCUCGUGCGCUCGGCCGCAAAUGCAGGGAUCUUUCUUACUUACGCGUACAUAGAUAAAAGUAACGUUCGAUAAAAACUGGAGAUACUGGACGAUUUUUGUUCUCGACGAUUGUUUUAUAUUUGUUAUUUAUGGAUUUCUUAUUGCUAUUUUGAUUGUCGAUUGAAUAUAUUGGAUGAAAUACAGGUUGAAGAAAUGGAUAAACAGUUCGGGAGAUUUUUUGAAGAUUGAAUUUUGAAGAAUUUUGAGAUGUGUAUGAAGAUUUGAAUUGGAGAGAUUUUGUAAGAAGAAGGAAAAAUUUUGGAAAUGACGAAUGUUGAAAAAUAUCUGAAGAAAUGAUGAAUCGAUAAAAAUUUGGAAGAUUUCUGGGAAAAGUAACGUGUGAAAAAGUAACACGAAAGAUUUAAAAAAGAAUUUGAAAGAAGUGACGAAUUGAGAAAAAUUUGGAAAAGUUUUGAGAGAAGUGACGAAUUCUGGAGAAUUUUAGAAAAUAUCGGAAAAAAUUAUAAAUUGAAAAGAAUUUUUGAAAAUGAAUUGUGGAGAAGUUAGAGAAAUAUCAACGAAAAAUUCAUAAAUAAUUUUCAAAGAUAUUGAAAGAAGCAACGAAUCAUGAAAACGAAAGAAAAUGAUGGAUAAAACGAAGAUAAAAGUUUAAGAUAGAUUUAACAAAAAUGAAAUAAAUGGAAAAGAAGAGCUCAUUUAAUGAAUGAGCAGUUAUUGGAUGAGGAUCGAUAAUUAAGAAUUUAUAACGAAUAAAAAAGAAGAAUAAUUAAUUGUUUAAAAUUGUUUAAAAGAUUUGGUUAACAUCAAGAACUUAACGAAAGUUAAAAAUUUGGAAACUUAUAGAAAUUCUAUAAUUUUAUAAUUUACAUCUAUUUUUAAAUAAUAUGAAAUCUCACCGAAAAUUUGAACUUUAUACGAAAAUAUCCAAAGGAUUACAAAAAAAAAUAAUCUUUAUUUUCUGCAUAAACUUGGAAUCAAGAAUGAAUCAAAUAUCCAAUUUUUAAAUUAUUAAAAUAUUUAAUUCAAUUAUCAUAAAAAAAUGAAUAAAAAAAUAGUACCUGAACAUUCAAAGCAAAGGAUCUACAGAUAAUCAGAAAAUCGUCCAACAUACAGAAACUCCUUUACGCAAAGAAACCAAACUAAAAAAAGGAACAAAAAAAAAAAAUCAAAAAUAUAAAAAAAAAAUUUUUCUUUGACAUUGUUCGUACCUCGUCGUAAAGAAAAGAAAAGGAAAAGAAAAAUUAGAAAGUAAAAGAAAGAUUCGUAAAAUCCUCCAAUCUAGAGGGCGCUUAUCUCCGGGAAGAAAUCGACCUAGAUUCUACAAAGGAAUCUGGCGGGAGCAAAGCUCACUUUAAACGUCGUCGCUUAGUUAUACUUCCUCUACUGAUACUGAUCAGUGGUCCUCGGAGAAUAGUCCUUCACAAAAUCGAUCACGCUAAACGCACAGGAACGAUUGUUCUCUUCGAACAAAAUUGGGAAUCGAAACGUUGGAAGAAUAUAAAGUUGAAUAAUAAAUUGAAAAUAAAAAUAAUAUUAAUAAUAAUAAUAAACGAAGAACGAAGGAAAAUAUAUUCACCAUGAUCGAUCGUGAGUUCUCGAUAUAUAACCAAGAGAGAUCGAUGUUUUUGGACGAUUUAAAAGUAAACGCAUCGAAAGAUCGAUCGAUAAAAAGGUGUUUAUAUGGUAGAAUGGUAGAUAAGAGACGGUCGGUAAUGAAGAAUUUGUUCCGAAAGAGCAGCUUAGGUACGCGA